CGCGCAGUUGUUUUAAGCAAACGAGGAAGCAUCUGGCUUGUUACAAAGAUCAGCCAUGGAAAAGUGGAGCUUAAUGACAAUUGCUGUUUUACUAGGACUUACUGUACGCUGGACCGUAUCACUUGGCUCUUACUCAGGUGCAGGAAAGCCACCUAUGUAUGGAGACUAUGAAGCUCAGAGACACUGGCAAGAAAUUACUUACAAUUUACCCAUCAAACAGUGGUACUUCAAUACAAGCGACAACAAUCUACUAUACUGGGGCCUUGAUUAUCCACCACUUACUGCCUAUCACAGUUUUCUCUGUGCUUAUGUUGCAAAGUUAAUAAAUCCUGAUUGGAUUGCUCUGCACACCUCUCAGGGAUACGAGAGUCAACUACAUAAGUUAUUUAUGCGUGCAACAGUGUUUGUUGCAGAUUUGCUGAUUUAUGUUCCUGCAGUUGUUUUAUAUUGUAAUUGUUUAAAAGAAACAUCUACAAAAAAGAAGAUUUCCACUGCACUCUGUAUAUUGCUUUAUCCAGGCCUAAUUCUUAUUGACCAUGGACAUUUUCAAUACAACUCAGUGAGCCUUGGCUUGGCGUUAUGGGGAAUACUGUUUUUGUGUCAUGACUGGGACCUUUUGGGUUCAGUCGCAUUUUGCUUGGCCUUAAAUUAUAAACAAAUGGAACUUUACCAUUCUGCCCCCUUCUUUUGCUAUUUACUUGGGAAGUGCUUCAAGAAGGGACUGAGAGGAAAGGGAUUGAUACUGUUAAUUAAACUAGGCGGGACAGUGGUGGCUUCCUUUGCUGUCUGCUGGCUGCCCUUCUGUGCGGACGUGGAGCAAGUCGUGCAAGUUCUGCGGAGGCUCUUUCCCAUUGACCGAGGCUUGUUUGAGGAUAAAGUAGCCAAUAUUUGGUGCAGUCUGAGUGUCCUGAUAAAGAUAAAAAAUAUUGUAUCACCUCAAACUCAACUCAAACUCAGCUUUGCUGUAACAUUCCUGAGCCUGCUUCCCACUUGUAUAAAACUGACCCUGGAGCCAUCUCUCAGAGGAUUUAAGUUUGCUUUGGUUAGUUGUGCGUUGUCAUUCUUCCUAUUCUCCUUUCAAGUACAUGAAAAAUCCAUUCUUCUGGUGGCAACACCGGUCUGCUUAAUCAUAAAUGAAAUUCCUUUCAUGGCUACGUGGUUUUUACUUGUAUCAACCUUCAGCCUGUUGCCCCUGCUCCUGAAAGACGGGCUCCUGUUCGCCURUACCGUGACAACCCUGGCGUUCCUGUCCGCUUGUGUCACAUCCUUUUCCAUACUCGACAAGACUUCAGCAGAGGACUUGCAGCUGAAAUCGUUCUCCCUGUCUAUUAAGGGAUAUGUUUCUUGGUUUAAGUCAUUUCCAAAGAUUGUUAAGAAGCUGUUUCUUGUUUCAGUAGUCGGGAUGGGCAUCCUGACUUUACUGAGUGCUACAGUGACUCCUCCCCAGCGGCUACCAGAUUUGUUCCCCCUCGCUGUCUCCAUCAUUUCCUGCUUACACUUCUUGUUCUUUUUGCUCUAUUUUAACAUUGUUAUACUCUGGGACUCAAAAAGUAGUAGAAGUCAGAAGAAAAUGAGUUAAUUUGUGAAGAUCAAGGAGUAAAGUGAAUGGACAGGAUGUUUUCAGCGGAUCGUGUCUGGUGUUACAGAUCAGCCUGUUUGAUGUAACACAAUUUGAGUGUUCUAAGGAGAAUCAGGAAACACAUUACGCACACUUAAACAUGAAAUGAUUAAAGACUGUUUUGAGGAUGAAGUAUUUCACAGAGCAUUGGAAAUUGUAUUUGGUGAGUUUUCUUCAGACUUGUAAUACUUAAAAUAUCUAAUAAAGGACCAAAUUUUGAACUUACAGUAAUUCAGUCAGGAUAUUGUAGCAAAACAGCAUAUUGCUCUGCUAGUAUUAAGUUUACACAUUUCCCAGUAUAAAAGAUAUAAGCAAUUCAAAGUCGUGUUGUUUACAUAGUGACUCUUGACUGUUGUAAACUCGAAGUUAUCUCGAGUGUUGUUUUAAUGGCAUAAAUUGUCUUGUCUGUUCUAUUAUUGUCCUCUCUUACAUUUUCCUAUAACACACUGCAGUAUCAAAGCUAGUGACAAGGCUGUGGAGCAGUUUCAGUAGCUGUUCUGAGGU